AUGUACCAGGUAUCCAAAUCAGCUAUCACUAAUCCUGAUGAUUUAGAGCUCUGGCCAAAGGUGGAUGAUGAAAGAAGACAGAAGGGAUCGACAAAUGACAUGCUAUUCAAGAUUCCUCUUCUAAUCAGUUAUAUCAGUUCCAUCAUGACAUUAAUGGAGGGUGAUGUGAUACUAACAGGCACUCCUGAGGGUGUAGGUCCUGUUAGAGUAGGCCAGAAGAUCAAAGCUGGUAUAACUGAUCUCAUUGAUGUGGAAUUUGAUGUUCAGAUGCGCAAUUGGUCAUUUUCUGGAGAUGCAAUUAGCAAUGAGUAA